AUGGCUGAUUUUCACAGGAAUCAGGGUAAUGAGGCCUUCAAGAAAGGAGAUUUAAUAAAUGCUAUUCAUUUUUACACCAAAGGAAUUAAAAUGAACUGCAAUGACAAAGAACUGAAGGCCAAACUGCACAACAACAGGGCUAUUGCACAACUUAAACUUGGUAAGAUGAUGAGAGAUUUUUUAUACAUUGUUUUUCUCUUUUGAAGCUAUUGGGCUGUCAAUAGUAAUUUUCUGCAAAAGGUGAUAAUUUUGAAUGUAUGCCCAAAAAGAAAUUCUCCGGAAAAAUAUAUGCCUUAUCAUACACAUCAUACAUAUCAUCAUACAUAGAAGUAACGUACCUCUUACCCCAGAUAUCAAUGAGCAUCGCAAGCUUUUUCUAAAAUUGAUGUAAUCGUGGCAGGUUUGCUACAUGUACAGCUAAUCAGAGAUAUUUAUUUCAAAAACAGGAAAUCACCAGGAUUCACUGAGGGAUGCAGAAGCAGCCAUUCAGUUGAUGCCAAAUUCCCUCAAGGCAAUUAUAAGAGGUUAGAUAUGUUAGCUGCGCUAUAUUAAUAAUAAUAAUAAUAAUAAUAUAGAACUCAACACUCUAAGGUUAAAUGAGGUUAAAUGAAGUUAAAUCUUGUCUUAAUUGACUUUCAUUAAGAGGUCAAGACCGUCCUGAUGUUCAUUUGAAUCCAGCUCUUGACUGCUAUGCCGUGACUUUCCAUUAUGAUUAGAAUAUUACUCUGAGUUAGAUGAAGAACUCAAUGCUGGAUACAAAUCAAGGCAAAAUUUCAACACGAGUAUUUUAGUUUUCUUUCGCUCAUUGAAUUAGGGACAGGUGUCAGAUAUGUUUAGUCCACUAUUAAGCUGUUUUGAAAAGAAGGAAGGACUUGACUUAACUCAAAACUGUAAGAAAACCAUUAACUCGAUCAUUCGUCAGGUAUAACUCAACUUCAAGUGCUAUAAUACAUGUUUUAAUAAUGUAACUAGAGACGGCAUGUGUAAAUCUUAUUCUUGGUGAACUUCAAGCCUUUGUUUGAGUCACUUCCUAGGAAUUAAUUAUUAACUCUUUGUCUUUGAUUUAAUCAAAUAAGUUAACUCAAACUAAAGGGAAACUUAGUUAAUUUCAAAUCAAAUUUUUUAUUUUGUAUUUUGAUUAAAGUUGAAAUUAACCUAGUUCUAAAAAGGUUUUAAAACUAAAGAAUGUACUAUAAUUAUAAAAAUUAUAAAAAAAUGGGUUUAUUUUUCUGUUUUCAUAUUACAUGUCUUAUAUUCUAUCUCUAUCUCUUAGUGAUUUUGUGUGGGAAUUGUCAGUUGCAAUUUAAAUGUUCUUAGAAGUUUCAAUUAUCAAAAGCUAAUCUAACUGAAAUCUAAUAGGGCCUGUUCAUUCUUUUCCCUUUGGUUUUGUUUGUUUUUUGUGUUUUGUUUUCUGGUCUGUAGUGAUUUAGCUUUCAAUGGUUUCUAGUUAGAGCUUGUUAUUAAAGCUAUAGUAAUUAUUUGCUUCUUUGUGUCGUUGCCUACAGGAGCCAUUGCCUGUGUUGAACUGAAGAGAUUUACAGAAGCAAUCACUUGGUGUGAUAAGGGACUAGCUGUAUCCUUUCAAGGAAUCUUUAAUCUUUAA